AUGACCUUAGUUUGUUCUGUCACAAAAUAACAUCUACAGUGGAACUCUAGGCAGUGAAGAUGCGGAACAGAAGUAAUUCUGGUGUGCGCCUUGAUUACUAUCAGCGCUUGGUUUACAAAACAAUUCUGAAGCAUCAGGAUCCUGUGACUGGACUGUUUGGAGGUACUGUGACUCACAACCAUGCCUGGGUAAGGGACAAUGUGUACUCUAUUAUGGCAGUAUGGGGUCUGGCCCAGGCCUACAAGAAGAAUGCUGACCUGGAUGAGGAUAGAGCAAAGACCUAUGAGUUGGAGCAGGCUGUUGUGAAAUUAAUGAGAGGCCUUUUGAGGUGUAUGAUGAUGCAAGUUGACAAAUUGGAGAAGUUCAAACACACCCAGAGCCCCAAGGAUGCACUGCAUGCUAAGUACAGCAGUAAGACUGGAAAGCCUGUGGUCGGGGAUGACGAUUGGGGUCACCUCCAGAUAGAUGCCACCUCUCUGUAUAUUCUAACUCUAGCUCAGAUGACUGCCUCAGGUCUCCAAAUAGUGUAUACAUUGGACGAGGUUGCCUACAUCCAGAAUCUAGUUUUCUACAUAGAGUCUGCCUACAGAACACCGGAUUAUGGUAUUUGGGAAAGGGGAGAUAAGACAAACCAUGGUCUCCCUGAGCUCAACUCUAGCUCCAUUGGUAUGGCAAAGGCAGCACUGGAGGCCAUCAAUGAGCUGGAUUUGUUUGGAGCUCGGGGCGGUCCCACUUCCAUCAUCCAUGUACUACCUGAUGAGGCUCAGCAGUGCCAGGCCAUAUUACAUUCUAUGCUGCCUAAAGAAUCCAAUUCUAAGGAAAUAGAUGCUGCCUUGAUCACAGUGAUAAGUUACCCAGCUUUCGCUGUUGAUGAUGUACGCCUGAUCAGUGAGACCAGGAGACGCAUACAACAACAACUCGAGGGAAAAUAUGGUUUCUGUCGGUUUUUGAGAGAUGGACAUAAAACAGCCAAGGAGGAUCCGUCUCGGCUCUACUACGAGCCCUGGGAACUACAGAUGUUUGAGAAGAUCGAGUGCCAGUGGCCCAUGUUCUUUGCCUAUUUCUUAUUGGAUGGACUAUUUAAUGGUAACGAAGAGCAGGUGAUCAAGUACAGGGACCUAUUGGAUAGUGUCCUAAAGAAGCGAGAUGAUGGGGUUCUGAUGAUGCCCGAGUUAUACACAGUGCCAGCUGACAAGGUAGAUGAGGAAUACAGAAAUCCAAAUAGCCAGAAGCGAGUGGCCAUCGGGAAGUUACCACAGAUGUGGGGAGAGUCUAUGUUGAUCCUCAGCAGACUGAUCUUGGAGAAUUUUCUAUCUCCCGGUGAACUAGAUCCUCUGAAUCGACGCCUGGUUUCUGAACCGAAGCCAGACAUAGUUGUGCAAGUGGUAAUACUGGCUGAGAACUUAAAAAUUCAGGAGCAUCUGUUGGAACAUGGUAUUGAUGUCCAAACAUCUGCUGAGGUCUGUCCCAUACAAGUGUACCCUGCCAGGGUACUGACACAGAUCUACUCCCUGCUAGGUAAAAAUAAACGUCUUGGUUUAACUGGAAGACCAUCCAAUGAGAUAGGGCUGUUGGCAACAAGUAAACUGUACAUGUUACAGGACCAGAUCCUCGCCUUCAUUCCUCAGUUUAUGGAUCAGCAACAGUUUUACCUAACCCUUGACACCACUUUUACGGUCGAUCAUUUCCGAAAUGAGAUCACAUACCUGAAAAAUUCCUGGAAAGGACUUGGUCGUCCGACGGUAACCCUCCUUAUCAGUAAUAGCUUCCUAGAUAUGGGUCAGCACCUUCCAGCAGCUCUCGUGGCCACCAUCAAAAAACUACAGAGUGGUUACAUAGCCGGGACACGUGUCCAUAUGGGGAAGCUCAGCGAUUUCCUAUCCACAUCCUGUGUGACGAAGCUCAGCUUUGUGUCCGACGAUCCACUUCAAGAUCAGCAGGUGACGAAUGAAUAUGUGGCCAGUAUCACUGAGGGUCUGUACCAUGGUAGUUGUGCCAGACCAAAACUACUGUCAUACAAGAAGGGGAAGAAAGGGAGACGAUUCCCCGCGAAGUCGUCAGUGGCUGGUAUUGUGAGGCGCACCAGAUCGAUACAGAUAGACCCUGAACAUAUACCAGACCGAGGUCAAUCAUUGUAUGCUCUCCACGCAUCCCUGAAGAGGCUCGACAGAAGUGGCCAGUCAGAUGGCAGCUCGUGCAGCAAUCCCAGUAGUCCUGGUUCUGCCGCUGAGGAUUCUCACGAUGAACAACAUCUCAAAAUUCACCUGAAGAGCGGCCAUUUUGUGGAGGAUCCAAUCAGUCCUGUAGGAUCUCCAAAGAUGUCCCACAAGGCCAUAUUUCACCGUGAUUCCUACCAGGACAACAUCAGCAUCACAGAGCUCAUCGAACAGCUAAACAAUACAGAGGUUCUACAAGAACAAGCCGACAUUGUCCACUUCCUGUACACAGAAAAAGGUCUCGACUGGGACACGGAGGUGGGAGGUAAAACCUGCUCUGUUCGGGAACUUCUGGUGGAGCUGUAUGAAAAGGCAGGACACUGGAAACAAUGGUGGCUGGUUAGACACACUGCGGGGAUGUUAAAGAAACGAGUGGAAGACCUCGCUCUGGCUGCCACUGAUCUGCUGGUGAGACAGAAACUGUUAUCUAUUGGCCUACCACCCCACAGGGAGAAGGAGAUCUCCUGUCCCCUGCCCCCAGAUGAACUGGCUACCAUAAUAUUUGAUGCCUGUGGAGCUGAUCUCAGUACAGCAUCCCUCACACAGGAGAUCCUUAUCUACCUGGCCAUGUUUAUCAGGACUGAGCCAAAGCUGUUCCACGAGAUGUUGAGGCUGAGGGUGGGACUCAUCAUCCAAGUGAUGGCCUCGGAACUCUCCAGGACGUUUAAAUGUUCAGGUGAUGAGGCAUCGGAUCAUCUACUUAACUUAUCUCCCUUUGAGCUGAAAACUCUUCUGCAUCACAUACUAAGUGGAAAGGAAUUUGUUAUUAGUUCAGAUGAGCAGCACACCUUGAAAAAGAGACAGGAGUCCAAGAGUGUUUCUGGUUCUACCUUGACGGGGGCCGGGGCCCUGACCCUGGAGGUUCCACACAACAUCAGUAGAAGGAAGAGUAGUGUCGGUAGCUUCGAGUCUCUGUCUCCGUUUGUCCUGAUGGAGCGACGGAAGAGCUCUGUAUGUGCUGACCUAUUUUCUCCCUCGAUGGCUGACCGAAGAAUGUCCAGUGCUGUAAUAUCGGGAACACCCGCAGUGUCCCUAAAUCAGUCUGUGUAUGAUGGUGCAGAGGAGGACAAUAUCAUGAUGGAUCGACAAGGUCAAUGGAUCCGAAGACGGAGACUGGAUGGGGCACUGAACCGUGUCCCUGUCGGAUUCUAUCCCAGAGUGUGGCAUUUCCUCAAUACAUUCGGUUCUGGAGUGUCGGUAGAGGGAGAGCACUUACCGCAGAACCUCACCAAGGAGAUGACGUCAGGAGAGUUGAAAUUCGCACUGCGAGUUGAGAUGGCACUGAAUCGAAUACCCCAGCCAGAGUACCGCCAGCUGAUGGUGGAGGCGCUCAUGGUGGUCACACUCAUCAGCGAGAAUGAGUGGAAACAUGAUUUCUGCAAUGUGAUCCAUAUUGAUAAAAUGGUUCACGAGGCUAACAAUCUGUAUAUACAGGAUCAGAAAAUGCCAGCAGCUGUGGCACUGGAAUGUGAGGCGGCUGCAGGAAUAUGCCACCACUUUUAUGACAGUGCUCCUAGUGGGCGCUACGGUACCAUGUCCUACCUCUGUAGAGCUCUGGCCAACAUCCUAGGUGUUCCGGCUGGUUCCACGGACAGUAUUGAGUGUGCUAUUAGCUGAUACAGAUAAAUUAACUAGGAUUUAUUUAUAACAUGCUGGCAUAUCAUUCCUCAUUGUCCCACUUCUUUGAUUCCUUUUCUGUAACUACACUUUGUGGCGAAUAUAUAUUUUAGUCUACCAUGUACUUGUACUCAGACUUGUAAAGACUGUGUAGGAAGUACACUCUGCGGUGAACAUAUUCAAGUCUACAAUCUACUUAAACUUAUAAAGUUUAUAUUGGACUAAUGUAUAGGCCUAGUCUAGGAAUCCUGUAGAGCUGCCUUUAUAUGAGUUUUCUUUAUAUACAUGUAAGAGUUAACAUAACCAUAUUGAACGAUGCCAAAAACCUUCUUAACUGUCAUGAUAAAUAUGAAUAUGAAUAUGAAUAUGACUGAUUUGUGUUCUUACUAGCAUGAUUGUGUAAAUAAAACAUGCAUAUAUUUAUUUUCAAAAUUUUUAGUGAUCGUACUGUAAAUAUUUCCUAAUAUUUGCAUUAUUUAAAUAGAUGUAUCGUCAGUGGAAACAAUAUUCCUAGAACAGCCAAACUCCGCCUAAAUGUUUGACCCUUGUGAUGUUCUCGUGUUAUAUCAGCAGGAGGUGAAGCACCAGAAUGACACUGACACCAUAGCUAUGAACACAGUUUCUUCUGGUGGUGUAGUAAUAUAGGGACUUACAACAGAAAUAUAGAUAUAUGAGAUUGAUGUUAACCUUUAUAGUUUAGACUGAAUUACAUUCAUUUGGUGAUGUUGACAAAUGUUUGGUGCUAAAGUAUUUUGUGUGUUAAUUAUUGCUGUUCAAAGAAAACCUACAUUAAGGUGACAACUUUGUGACAACUUUGUCAGAACUUCUGCAGUAGUGAAUCUUCUUUUUCAAAAGUACCUUGUCAAAUAUAUUCAGGAAGAUUUAUUUACCUUUCUUAUUCAAGACAUGGAAGCUUUUGACAAUUUUUUGAGUAUUUAAAAUUUGAUAAGGAUAAAAACGAAUUUUUACUUAGGAAUCUCAGCUUCAUAAAGUUCAACUUUGUAUAAGCAGUCAAAACUACAGUAGAUCAAUAAAACAUACAUGCUCUGUAUUAUUUUUAUGCAUUGAAUUUUUUUUCAUUGUUUUCCUGUUGAGACAAAAAAUGCAGGAAUAUUUGAAACAAGAAGUUGAAUCUUAAAAUACCCAAAUGUCAUAAAAUGAGUAAUUUUGUGAAUUCUUAUUGAUCACUCGUUAACAUUGAUAUGGAGUAAAGCUACCAUUUUUGCAGGGUCAACUGUGGCUAUAGUGUAGUGAAUGCCAUUUUUCUUGGGUGAGAUUCACAGGUAUGUAGUAUAUAAUCCUAAUAUUUCUGUCAGGAGUGAAUCACAGCUAUGAUCCCAGGUGCUUCUACUUACCUGUUGUAAUCAGGUAGAAUCAUACCCAAAUCAAGUGUCCUAUGAUACAGUAGAUAUACUUCCAUUAUUGCGUGGUUUGUUAGGAGUUACUUCCCUUCUCUCUAAGUAUACAAACACUGAUGUUUUUGUUGAGAAAAGUACCUGUUGUGAUCAUAAUUAGCAUAUGUGUGCUAUAUGUUCUUUUUUUAUGUUUUUUUUCCCACAAACCUGAACUCCAUUGAGUAAGAUUUUAUGAUUUUAUUAAUAUACAUAUAAUUAUUAGUAUACAUAUAAUUAUUAGUAUACAUAUAAAAAGAAUUGUGUUUGAAGAGUGCCAUUCCUAUGAGGAUCAGUGGUAGUAGGCAGAGGAAAUGCAGUUUGAUGACGGUAAAAGAUGAGUAAGAAUGUAUUAAAACUCGGGACAAAACUUGUGGAUCAAACGAUACCAUUUUGGAAUGUUGGUAGAGUUACUAAGAGACUGCCUGGUAACUAGCAUUGACAUUCUAUUGAAACCCUACUUGCUUGUCUGUAUAACCUUCAACAUAAGUGUUAUUAAGUUAGAUGGACCUUCGUUAUCGAGUCAGUAUAUUAUUAGGUGAAGUUAGUGUGCUGAAGCUUAAGGUGCAUGGUAGCAAUUGGACUUCAGCAUUGACAAGCCUGCUCAGUCAAUAGGAUGAAUUCCUUUUCCUGUCCCAGUGUGUUGUGUUAGCAGGCUAUCCGAUGUGACAAAACCUAAUUCAUGUUUUAAAAUAGUGCAAUAUUAACCCUGCUAGUUCUACAACGAAAGUCCUGACCAGUGUUGGGGCUGUCAUAGGACUAUGUGUACCGAUUGUUAACAUUUUCUAUUACUUACCAACAAAGAGUUAUGUCCCUUCUCAUUACUUUCAGAGAAUGUACAUGUACUUGUCAGUAUACACAGUACCAGUUUUGUGUUAUGUAAUUGUGAAACAUGUAAAUGUUUAAGUGUUUAUUUGUGUCCCAGCCAUAAUUCAGUUGACAAUGCAGUUCCAGCUUAGUUUGAUAUAUUGUAGAUCAUGUAAAAUCGUAAACAAUAUAAUCAUGUUCUAAUAUCCCAACUUAACCUUUUUACAACUGAACCAUUGCCUAGUACAGUAAUAGUUAUACAUGUAGACUAUGUGCCUUUGCCUGGUAUAGUCAUACAUGUAAACUGUUUUUAAUUACAAUAAAAUAAAGUUUUAAUUACAAUUAGUCGACUAAGAUAUAAAGAAACUUUAUACUCCAGCGGUUAAUUGGUACCGACACUAGUAUCGUGACUGCAGUUUUUCCAGGUAAUGUCCCAUGUAGGUAGUUAGUUAUUUUAGAUACCAUAACCCACGGAAAGAAAUCUCUAAAGUGAAAUUAAUGGAUCUUAAACAUGUAUGUAAGUUUUGUAAACCCAAAUGUAGAAGCGUAUAUUGACAUGUGGAGCUAUAUUAAGUCCAAGUUUAUGGUGACUUUUAACAAUAAAGUAUUCAAAUAAAGUAAUACAAAAUGUGGUUUACAAGCUUAAGGCAAAUUAGAAACGUUUCCAAGGAAUGUGCUGCAGUACUGUGAGGGUAGUGUGUUUAUGUUGGCUAUAGUCUUUUUAAUUUUAGUAUUGUAUUUUUUUUACCUGUGAUAUUGAAUGCUUUGUUCUAGUUAUAUGUUCCCUUUUUAAAAAGAAAUAAUAAAGACUUCCGAAAAUCA